GUUCCCCGGGCCAGCGUUCAACCAAGAGAUUUGGCGUUUUAUAAAAUUUUUCCAAUUCUACCCAUGAAAUUGGUUGGCACGUAGUAACUCGAACCACGAUUUGCCAUGAUUUGGCUUUGAUAAAUUAGGGUUUGCAGAGGCUGCUCAUUGAGGAAUUCAAUUCUUUGUAGAUGGGACAUGAGUCCUCCGUAAUUGAAAGGAAAUGGAAUGUGAUGCGUCCAAACUUGCAACUGCAGGACGCCCUUCUCCCUCCACAACCAUCAGAAGCGCCGAAGCUUUCUCUCUCUAAAAUUUCAUUUCACUCUCUCUAAAAUCUAGGGCUCAAGUUUCUUACUCUGCCGUCGGAAACCAUGAAUAUCUUCAGGCUCGCCGGCGACAUGACGCAUUUGAUCAGCAUUCUCAUCCUCCUCCUCAAAAUCUACGCCACUAAAUCAUGCUCAGGAAUUUCUCGAAAGACCCAAGAGUUGUUCGCAAUCGUGUUUUUGGCCAGAUAUAUGGACCUGUUCACUGAUUUUAUAUCAGUUUACAACACCAUCAUGAAGAUAGUGUUUAUUGGAAGCUCAUUGGCAAUUGUAUGGUGCAUGAGGUUUCACCGAGCUGUUAGGCGGUCAUAUGAUCGGGAGCUUGACACUUUCCGUCACUGGAUUCUUGUUGCUGUUUGUUUUCUUUUGGCUCUGUUGGUUCAUGAGAAAUUCACAUUUCUGGAGGUAUUCUGGGGGUUUUCAAUCUACUUGGAGGCAGUUGCUAUUCUUCCACAGUUGGUUUUGUUGCAGAGAAGUGGAAAUGUGGACAAUCUAACUGGACAAUAUGUUGCCUUUCUUGGGGCUUAUCGAGCAUUCUACAUCUUGAACUGGAUUUACCGUUACUUCACGGAGCCACAUUUCAGCAGAUGGAUUGCUUGCAUUGCUGGACUUGUUCAGACUGCUCUUUAUGCAGAUUUCUUCUACUACUACUUUAUAAGUUGGAAAAACAAUGUGAAGCUUCAAUUGCCUGCCUGAGACAACUAUUGACAGUGAUAAUUCGACACUUUUUUUGCUGGAUCCUCCCCGGUGCAGAAAACGAAAUAGAAAAAACAGUAUGUACUCGACGACCAAACAGUGGCAAGAGAUUUGUGAAUCUGGACUUCGGAUCAUAAUAUAUGUGCUCAUAUGAUGGAAACAUGUAAAAGAAAAAAAAUGCUCUAAGCCGUUUACAAGUGCUAAAGACUUUAUUAGCCAAUUAGCGCAUUUAGAAUUCCACCUUUAGGAUGUACUUUUUUUUCACACUAUACAGCCAAGACACUCUUUUAAGCUCAACAAAAAAAAACAUGGGAAGAAUUUGUAUAAGAAAAAAAGGAUAACUCC